AUGUGCAUCUUCAUUUGUCUGACACUUUCUUUCUUUCUUUCUUUCUUUCUUUCUUUCUUUCUUUCUUUCUUUCUUCUCUUUUCUUUUAAUUAUUUGCAAUUUACUUUAUUUUUCUUUCUUGCUAUCCUUUUUCUAUUUCUUUCUUUUUUCUUCCUUUUUCUUUCUUUCUUUUUUCUUUCGUCUUUUUCGUAUUUAUUUUUCUUUCUUGCUAUUCAUUUUCUCUUUCUUUUUUCUUCCUUUUCUUUCUUUCUUGUUUCUUUCGUCCUUUUUUUUCGUCUUUUUUCUUUAUUUCUCUUCUUUUCGUUUUCUCUUUCUUUUUUCUUUCUUUCUUUUCUUUAUUCUCUUUUUCAUUAUUUUUCUUUCGUGUUAUUCUUUUUUCUUUCUUUUUUCUUACUCCCUUUUCGUUUUUUCUUUAUUUUUCGUUCUUGCUAUUCUUUUUCUCUUUCUUUUUCCUUUCUUUCUUUUCUUUUAUUUGUUCUUUUGUCUUAA